AUGUGUCCUUUUGUACCAUGUGAAUACCCUAUUCCUAUUGAAAUAGGAUCAAAUGAAGCCUUUGGAGAUUUUGACUUAGACAACAUAUUUCUUCCUGAUUUUUAUUGCUCACAAGUUCAAGUUAAAGACCAUGAUGAUCAUCAUGUUAAGCAAAGCGAAUCGCCCCCGAGUACGAGCUCGGCUGAUCUUGGUGGUGGUGGUGGUGGUGGUGUAGUUGCGGCGACUGAUAGAAAAAUGAACCAUAAUGCAAGUGAGAGAGAUAGGAGGAAGAAGAUCAAUGGUCUGUAUUCCUCUUUACGUGCUUUGCUUCCCUCAACUGAUCAUAUGAAAAAACUAAGUAUUCCUGCAACAGUUUCAAGGGUGUUAAAGUACAUACCAGAACUACAAAAAGAAGUGAAGGAUUUAGCACAGAAAAAAGAAGAGCUCUUAUUAUCAGAAUCUUCAUUUUCACAAAGAAAUUCAGUGGAAUUAAUAAAAGAAAAGAGUGGAAAAAUAAGAAGUAAUAUUGAAGAGAAAUCAUCAUCAAAAUAUUCAGUUUCAGUAAAUAAGAUGAGUGAUAAGGAGAUGGUAAUCCAAAUAUCAACAUUGGAAAGAAUAUCAUUAUCAGAAGUUCUAAUGCAAGUAGAGAAGGGUGGUUAUCUUAUUCUACAUGUUUCCUCUUUUCAAUCCUUUACUGGAAGAGCUUUUCACACUAUACAUUUGUUGGUGUUAAGUAAUGGUCAUGAUUUUAGUAAGAAGAAUAAAAUUUUGUUGCCAGAAAAGGAAGAUGGAAGGAAUACAUGUAAAGAAAUAUGGAAACUUAAACGGAGAUCAACUGCAAAUCUUGAUACAAAAUCAAAGGCAGAUGUACUUCUAGAAUAA